AGGUGUUUAUAAUGAAGGCGAGUCCCGCGUUCAGCUCAGACCUCCUCGUGCUCUCGUCCUCUCGUCAUGUCGCUGGUCGCGUGCAUUCUCUGGACUUUGUUCAGUGGGUCACUGGGAGGUCCGGUUCCGGUGACUGAUGAGGUCCAGACAUACCACCACCUGCCCAUGUUCCUGGACGCACCAGAGCCGGUUAUAGCGCAGGAGCUGUUUCUGCCGGUCCCUCAUAAGAGACCUGUCCCCGCCGGGAUCACCUCGCUGCUGUUACCGGUGGAGAGACCGCAGCAGAGCGUGCAGGGGACCGGGACCCGCGCUGUUGAGGUCUUCUGUGGGGGUGAUGGGAUACGCGUGGAUCGCUUCCAGGUGCGCUCCUGGACCAACCCGUACCUGUUCAGCCUGGGAACAUGCCGAGUCACCAAAGUCACCCCGCGUUUUCUUUAUUUCCAUUACAAACUGACAGAGUGUGGAGGAGAGUCACAGAUUGUUGGUGGGCAGCUGGUGUACUCCUUCACUCUGUCUUAUACUCCUCCUCCUCCACAAGGCUUCGCCAUCAGAGUCAUGGCUCUGACACUUCCCCUUCACUGCCAUUACAACAGGUUUCACUACUCGUACAAAGUCGGCUUCAGACCUCAAGUCCAGCCCAAGACGUUUCUGAAAAGCACCAGGAGUAAACUGAGCUUCAGCCUCACCGUCUGUAACGAGCAUUGGGAGCCUGUCCCUGAGGGUCAAGAGUUCGUUUUGGGGGAGUUGGUGUAUUUCAUUGCCCAGAGCGGAGUUCUGUUAGCCGGAGAGAGUCUGUACGUGGACUCCUGCUAUGCCACCAGCACCAAAGACCCGGACAGCCAGCUCAGAGUCGACAUUAUCACCAACUAUGGCUGUAUGACAGACAGCAGGAGGGAAGGCAGCAGCUCAUACUUUCUGUCUGCAGGGGGCGCCGUGCUCAAGUUUUCUGUGGAUGCUUUACUCUUCAGGGCGGUCUCACAAGUGUUGUAUCUCCACUGCUCGAUGUCAGUCAGUCUCACUACCUCUCACGUCUCAAAGUCCUGCAACUACAACACCGCUGCUGGCAGGUGGGAGGAGCUUGAAGCCUCACCCUCAGUGUGCUCGUGCUGUGACUCCACGUGCACCGAUGGACAGGACGUGAUUAAGAACACAGUCAGCAGUCAGGGCUGGUUCGUCGAACAAAACGUCGAACAGAAACCAAGAAUGAGGGCGAGUUCUCUCCAAUCUGGACUGAAAGACGAUGAAGCCCUUCAUCACCUGGGUCAGUUUACUGAAGCAGCAGAGCCCCACAAAGAAGAGUUUCCUGGAAGAGCACACAGUCUGAGUUCCGGUCUUGUUGGAUCAGAGCAGCAGGACAACCCGGAUCAUUCCUCCGUGGUGACGGUGACUGAAUCCUCCGAGAGCAGCAGCAUGUUUGACAGGAAGUGGGCGUAG